AUGGCCUGUGCAGCGGACAAGGGGCAGGAGUCGAAGAUAAGUCCGUUUAAGCAGCAGUGCGCGCUGAUUAUUGGAGAGAUGCCGUUAGACGGUUUUGGAGUGACGAUUCGAGACUGGGGGUCAGGGACAGCCAAUCGGACGUUUUUUCAGUUGCGGUGGAGAAGUGGGCUUGCACAGCGUUUUUCUCCUCUGGGCAAACGGGCCCCCUUGGGGGUUACUCCGUUUUCUCUGUGCUACGGCACUACUAAGUCAGUAGCCGCUGGCACACGAAUUCCGAGCGGGUCAGCGAUGCACUCCCGCAGAGCAAAGCAACAACAGCAAAACAAACGGAUGAGCCAAAAGAAGACGACAGCCUGGUGGCUCUUUGUGUCAACGACAUCUCUACAGCUCGCAACGAGACUUUGUGACUAUGACUGUGGUGGUGGUGAUGAUGAUGAUGAUGAUGAUGAUGAUGAUGAUGAUGAUGAUGGAGGACAGGGGUCUGCGAAAAAGCGCCCAGGGCUCGAGACCUGUACCUUGAAUCACCGAUUCACGGUAGUUUGGGCCGAGCGAAGGGAGAAAGACUGUGCUCUCCCCGCAUUCCUGCGCAACAAGGGGCAUUAUUUCAACUGCUUGCUGCAUAUCAACCGGCAUUGCGAGAAGGAACCUGCGUAUUGUCCCUUUUCGGCGUUGCCAUAG